CUGUCAGAACCUUGCUCUCUUUAGUAUAGCUCCAGUUGGUGUCUUCUCUGCUUCCGCAAAAAUUUCCAAAAUGCGUCUUUUAAUUUCCUUUUUCAUUGGGAUACAGAUGCUUCUCUCAAUGGUUGCCUCUUCCCCUGUUCCCUUUGUUCACCCAUCAUGCAAUUCUUUGGAGGUAAAGGCAGCUGCAGAAGCGGCCGUUGACAAACUCAAUGCAGAUCGGAAAGAAGGCUACAUUCUUGGCCUCCUGCGCAUUUUUGAUGCCCGUGAACUCACCCGGUUUGGUAGUUCUCUUUUCUACCUCACCUUGGAUAUGUUAGAAACCGAUUGCUAUGUCCUGACUAAGAAACCAUGGAAAGAAUGCAAGAUUAGAAAUCUAUACGAGACAGUCUAUGGUCAAUGCAAAGUAGUAAUUGUUUACAACAAGAAUACAGAUUAUUCGUACCUGUACAGUUAUCACUGUGCUUUACGCCCAGUUUCUAGUUCGGUUAUUGUACGUCUUUGCCCUGACUGUCCAAUGCCUAGAAAUACUUCUGAAGCCGUUUUUCAGCACACAGCAUUGGAAUCACUGGCCAAAUUCAAUGCUGAAAAUGAACAUAAUCGUUAUUUUGGCCUUGAUAAGGUCACCAAAGCCAGUACACAGUGGGUUGUUGGUCCUUCCUACUUCAUGGAAUACACCAUCCGUGAGACUUCCUGUCCCAAAAGUACGCCUGUGUCUGACGUCACUCAGUGCCCCUUCCUCCCAGUUGAAACUGCAAAAAGAGGUCUAUGCAAAGGCUCUGUGAUCAUCAGUGAGAUAGAAAAAAAGAAAUUUGUCACUGUAAAAUGUGAAUUCUUCCCACCUCCGCCCUCAUUUACAGAUGACCAGACUCCACAAUCCAAGGACAGACCUAGGCAGGAGGAACAUCAGGAUGAUAGUGAAAGACACAGAGAUCACCAUGAACAGAGUGGACACCACCAGCCCCACCACCACAAACAACAUGAGCAGAACCAUGAACACCAGGAGCCACACCAUCCUCACCCCUCAGCUGGCAUCAAAGAAAUACCACAAAUGCCAAAGAAACCAGUAGGGCAGGUGAUCUACUAUCCUCCUUCGAGCAAACUGGAAGUGCAGGUGCCCAACCCGGCCUCUAACCCUACGCUCGCUUCUCCAGAACAGGAUGCCACUACUCACUCAGCCAGGCCAGCUGGGCCAAUCAUUCCUCCCUUCCCCAGAGAGUUUUCCCAAUCAGCCCAAUGUCCAGGAGACAUUUUAAUAGAGAUCCGUGGCCUUCAACUGCCUUCACGGCCACUGGCUGAAACCUCCUAAACAAAAAGUGGUGUAUAACACUGAAAGCUUAAUUCAGAGGAAACAGAGCAAAACCUUCUGGAUGAGCAGGAAAAGAAAGGAAGUAAAAGCUCUUUCAUUACCAAAAAGUAUCUGGAAAUGUGGAUGUAGACAGUAUUAAUAUAUGUGAACAUAUUAGAAAAUCCUUCAGAUAUGAAAAUAAAUAAAACUUGGCAAUUAAGCUCUCUUAA